ACAACUUCGAUUGUUAUUGGCGUGAUAUUAAAACUUCAAACACACACUAUGUUAUUAUACAUGAAUUGAAUGUAUUCCGGCGUAUAAAAUGCGUUGUCAAAAGCCGUAAUAUUGCAUUGAGGGCGCCAUUAUUGUAGUUCCCAUGGUGAUGAAUUAUGAAACGUGAACACAAACUUGACACUCUGUUGUUGUGUUAGCUUCCGGUUUAGCAAUAUUAGCACACAAACAUACGGGUGUAAACCUCGUGUUUCUUAUGUUUCGUGACAUGACAGCAUGACAUUAUGGAUUUGCGCCGAGAGGGAGCGGGAUCUCACAGCAAGGACGUUUCUAGGCUGAGGUUCAACAGUCUGGUGUUGAAUGAGUUGAGUGAGGAACUCGAGAAAUGCACACAGGAAACGCAAAGGCUUCAAGAGGAGGUGGAACAAGCAACCAAAGCUGCUUUGGAAAAGUUUGGCAAAUGCAAUUCAGUUGCAUCUUCCAAUGAUUCUGCCCGCCAGCAGGGUCAGAGUGCUACCAGCCGCACCAGAAAGAAGACCCAAAAAACAGCACUACACCUUCAACAUGCGCCGACACACAUACAUAAAACGAAACUGCAGCAAAUCCAGAUUGAGAGAGAAUCCACGUCUAAUCUCAGAAUGGAAGAGCUUAUUACAAGUGUUGGCCAGGAGGUGGCGAUAUUGAACCGCAAACUGGGCUCGUCUAAAAACAGCGGGGCUCGCAUCAACGCUAAGCUGGAACUUCUAAGGACAUCUUUGCAGCAGCAGCUGAUGACUUUUGACCUGAAGCAGAGUCCAGGAGGAGCGCGGGAACGAGCUCAGACGGAGGAGAUCCACCGACAAACUCAACGGUCUGUAGAACUGGAUGAUAGAGACCAGUUGGUGGCAAUCCCCACUCGUCAGCUGGAGAAGAGCAAGCAGACCAUUAACCGCCUUCACCAGGAAAAUGCUCUCUCUGAGCACCAUGGCGCCACACCGACACUCGGGCUAAAAAGCACCCGGACGCUGGAGAAAUUGGAUCAGGAGCUGACCUACCAAAAUGUCCGAAGCCAGCGCCAAGCUCAGGAGCUGGCCUUAGUCAGGAAGGAGAAGACGCAACUGGCCCGACAACUUGAAGCCAUCCGCUCCAAGGACAAGCAUUUGAGAGAGAGGAUAGACCAGCUGGAGGCCAUUUUUAACAAGAUGAGUGAGGGAUUCGCCAACUGUCAAGAUUUCAUCCAGCUGAAGGAGCAGGAGUUCCUCCGACUCCAACUCAAGCACAUCCUGGACUUGAAGUUCCAAGGUGCAAAUGGAACUCCACCUGGACUGGACUCCAUGAUCCCUGAACCCGCUGAUCCUGGUCCAAGCGAGGAGAGCCACGGGCGAAACCAUGCAGGAUCUCAUACUAACAACGCCACCCUCCGGAGGAGGUCUGUGCCGGAGAGAACGCACAGACCCGCAUUUGAAGAGGCCAAAGUAACCCGCCGGCGUACUACAUGCGGCAGCGGGACAACAGACAGUCCACAUUCGGGUCAGUUGGGGUCAAGUCUGAUGACCGCGAAAAGGAACACUUUCUACACAAGGUGGACUUCGGGUCGCGGGUCACCCGUGUACGCUCUGCUCACCUCUGAGCCAGGACACACAUGACAAGAUCAAGGUCAAAGGUCAAAAUGAACCAAAUAGGCCUCUACAAUAAAUGCAAUUUAGUCUUAUAUGGGGAAGUUCAGGUUUUUUGACAUCAGGCUUAAUCUUCGAAUUGGCGAGGGUUUAAUUAGUCGGUGGAGUUGAUUUCAACAAAUUCCAUGUAGUUUGUUAGUUAUUUGUUAGUUUCAGGGCUCCGGAGGGGCUAAGCUAGCGCGAGUCAAUUGGGCCAUCUUAGCAUGCCAAUAAAAAGUUAGAAAGUUAUUAAAACUUACCAUUGCAUGUCAAUAAUUGCAAUAUGAACAGCAACAUUUUUAAUCCAGAAGCUCUGCAGAGGAGCUGGGCGGGGUGAUAUCACAUCGGUUUUUUUUCACCCCUGAUUUUUAAGUCGUAGCCAGCAGCAAGUAACAGGUUUAUAUUGUUGUUCGUUCUUCAUAGGGAAUUUGUGGAAACUUUCCUUUGCCCAUUUCUUCUGUCCGUUUCCACAGCCUCUAAAUGCAAAUUUCGUCAUUUUGCCGGCCGUCAGUUAACUCAGCAGACUGAUGCUGCAUUCAAGGAAGGUGGGAGUUUCCAACCUCCAAUCUGGAAAAUUAUCAUUGGAACGUCUCCACUAUUUGAUCGCAUACGACUACGAGAAGGCAGGUUUGCUGGAAGUCAAAAUGUCUUUUGAAGGCCAAAAUAAAAAACAACUUGUCGCGAUCAGCCAUCCUUGCUGUUUCUAUUUGCUUGGAACGCUUUGAGGUCGCAACUGGUACCCUCUGAGCAUGAUAAGUCCGACUUCCCACCAUCCUCGAAUGCAGCGUGAGCACAAGUGGCCGAAGCACACCUCUCUAUCGUGGUAGUAUUACACAUCUAAAGAAAUAGUCCUGCAGAAUGAAAUGAAUUACGGCAGUUUGAUGUUACAUUGUUUUGGCCGCAUGGGUGUUUUGGAACAAUGAUCUGUGUUUUGAAUUUGACAAUGUUGGAUCUGUAUGUUUUUUUUUUAAUUGACAUGCUAAGUUGGCCAGAUUUACUUGCGUUAGCCGAGCCCUGAAACUAACAAAUACCUUCAAACUGAAAACUGCACAGAAUUUGUUGAAAUCAACUCCAAAAACUAAUUAAAACCGCGCUAACUCGAAGAUUAAGCCUACUGUCAAAAAUUCUGAACUUCCGCUUUGUCUUGCAGAAAUCCACACUCUCAAGCAAGAGCAUAUACACAAGUCUAAUACCAGGAAGCGAAUUAUGUACGGUAUAUUUUUGCAAACCAUAAUUUAAACUAUCAAUUCGUACAAUUUUACCAUCAUCUUUUUGUUUUUUUUUUAACUGUUGUCUGUAUGAGUGUAUAAUUUAUAUCCUCUACAUGUGAAUGAUGGGAGCUUUUUUUGUUUAUAAUUAACGUCUUAUUGCCAUCAAUGACAUCCAAACUUUUAAGACGCCGAACCAGAGUGUUUUUCCUCAGCCAGAUGUUUCUCAUCUCUUGUGUGGUCCUUUUCCUCCUCCCGAAGCGUAGGAGGUGAAUGUUUUGCGCACGUCUGCUAUCCUCCAUUUUGUAAUCAUUCCGCCUAAACAGAAUAAACU